CGUCAUUGACUUUCUUUUUUCUACAUCCUAAAUGUUUUGUUAAAAUUAAUAAAAGUUUAUCAAUAAAAGCUCUAAUUCUUUCAAACACAGUUCUAUUGUUCUAUUUUACAUUUUUGACGAAUUAUUAACUUAUAAUAUUUAUGUAAAAUAUGUAGAUUGCAUGAAAACAACAGCUCUGCCAAAAGAUAGCAAAACAAGUGCGAAUUAAUUUCAAGAGAGGGGUACCCCAUCAAGCAAUUAAUAAAAAGAGAAAAAGCAAAAAAAAAAAGAAAGAUUUGUAAAUAUUAUAAAUAACUGCAUUAAGCAGUAAUAGCAUUGCUAAGCGUAUCAAUAAACAACGAAAUUAAAACAAAAAAUGCAAUGCACCAGCAAAUGCGCAGCGAUGCGUUAAGUAUUUUGAUUAGUGGAAUUUAUACUGCAUUGAAUUAUUGUUAUGUGUAGUCCACCUGUUACAUAUAUAUAUAUAUAUAUAUAUAUAUAUUAACAGUUAAAUGCAAUCUGUAUUUUUAACGAAAAUGUUAGCAACAAUAUGCAAUAAAAUUCUUUGAUAUGAUUACUAACUUAUGACUAAACAACAGAGCUAUGCAAAUGUUAGACUAAGUUUAAAUAAUACUGCUGAAAGUUGACAGAACAAAAUUUCUAAAAUGAGUUGGUUACGCUCAAGUCCGCUGCGACAAAGCUUAACGCGCAACAACAAUGGCGCAUACCCGACACUUUUUGCGCCUGCAAAUAACAAUACAACAAAUUCUUCAACCAUAUUAAGACAUCGACCUAUAGAUACAGCAGAUUGUGAUCCGCGUGCAUGCUAUGAUAGCUUCUGUAAACAUUGGCAGCAAGCCUAUGAUAUAAUACAGAGAUCAGAUCCACCGCAUAAGUUACCCACACACGACGAUGUCUUAGGUGUAGUUUCACAUCUAGAUUUUAUGGUUACAUUGUUACUAGUAGAAUUGCAUCAUUGCAAUAAAAUAAGUUUACCGAGUGCAGAUGCCACACCACCAGCGCCUUGUUUAGAAUUUAUGUUAAGUGAGAAUUUAUUAGAUAAGCUUUAUGAAUGGGGUUGCACCACUGGACGCUAUGCGAAUGCAGUACGUUUGGAGCAGCUAAAAUUAUAUGAAUUGCUAGUAAGUCAUUCGCGACAUCAGCUUUUGUGUCACGAGCCAUUUCUGCGUCCUUUGUUGAAAAUUUUGGCAUCCAGCCAAGGUGAAAUAUUUCCACCAGAUUUGGAAAAACGUUUAGUUAUAUUACUAAAUCAAUUAUGUGUACUUUUAAUGCAAAAUGUGCACUUAUUGGAUUUGUUCUUCUUCUCGGCAGCACAGGAACAGCAUAAAAAAACUGAUACACCACAUAGUAGUUCAACCAAUUUUAUAAUCUUUUCUUUGCUGAUACCAUACGUACAUCGUGAAGGCAGUUUAGGUCAUCAGGCGAGAGAUGCAUUAUUGCUUUGUAUGGCUUUAUCACAAAAGAAUUCUAAUGUCGGCACGUAUAUAGCACAAUACUCUUCGAUGUGCCCACUACUAGUAACUGGUUUAGGUGGAUUAUAUUCCCGCUUACCUAAUUCAAUAGAGAUAACAUCUAUUGACUGGCAUCGUAUAACUCCAGACGAUGUUACAGAAAUACCCGAGUUGACUUUAUUUAUGAAUGCUUUAGAAUUUUGUAAUGCGGUUGUGCAGGUUGCACACGAAAUGAUCAAAAAUCAAUUGCUGGAUUUUAUGUAUCAAGGUUUUAUCGUACCAGUACUGGGUCCUGCUAUUCUACAGACAUUGAACAGCAAACAUUUCCAGACAAAUAUCGAUUCUCAAAUUUCGGCAAUGUCAUAUUUGGAUUUGAUAUUACGCUCUAUAACGGAACCCGGUCUAUUACGUGCAUUCAUUAAAUUCCUAUUAGACACGGAGAAAUUUGAUGGUGAACGUAUACUUGAUACCUUAGUUGAACGCCUUAGCUCCACAGAUGCCAACUUAUGUAUGGUCACAAUGGCACUAUUCGAUACUCUGCUAGGUUUACAUUGUGAGGAUCUUAUGCUAGAGCUAUUACUGAAAUAUAUGUUACCUGGCAAACAUGUGCCAAUAUCGUAUCGUCAUAAAAUAAAUAUGAUCGAUCCGUAUACGAAUAGUGCACAAUUUUUUCUGGAUCUUACGCCAGAUGUUAUGAAACGUGUUCGUGACCUAACUAAGCACAAAUCUCUUGGUGAUACAGUGACCAAUAACGCAUAUUUACAAUCAAAUCCAUCACUGCCUUCGCCCACAUCGACAAUGAGUAAAACCAUUGGUGCCAAUUGGAAUUAUUAUGGUGUACAUACUGGUGAUAGUUUGUAUUCCAAUAUUCAUGCGUAUCUAUUUGAUGCACAUCAGCGUAUAGCACAAUGCAAAAAUGCUUGUAGCAAUUGGACGAAUAAGUACAAGUACCAGAAAUGGCAAACAAAAGCCAUACGAAAUAAUUUGCAAUCCUUGGAAAUAGUGAAACAGUUUCUUAGUGAAUUCACAGGCGGCACAAUGCUAACCACAGCUAUUAUUAGUAACGAACAGACAAAUAUACUGGAUGGUAAUGAUAAAAAGCAAUUGGAUAGUCUGCAAUCGAUAGGUGAGUCAAGUGGUUAUGAAUCGUUUAAAUGGAGACCAACAGAUGAAGAUGGAGAAGCAACUGAAGCGAUGGCAGCACAAAAUUCUACAGCAACUACAGAUGAAAUGGAACAAAAUUGCAAUGUGAACGGCAAUAAACAUGUGAAAAGAGAAGGCUGGCGUGUAUCGAGUAAUCGCAAUGAUAUAUUACCAACAGAUUUAGAUUUAUCAGAGGAUUUAUUUGCACAAGGGACAGUUAGUUUAGGUCCUUUUCUGAAUGCCGUCUGGGGAAAAUUACAGACUUUCACUAGUAAUACGCUUUAUGUAAAUCUACAUCUGACUGGGCUAAUAUCACGGCUAGCUUGGUACCCGCUACCGCUUAUACACUCAAUACUUUUGCGACCAGAUAUUGUUAUAACAUCGGAUACACCUUCAUUUCAUCAAGUACUACGCAUACUCAAACAACAAAUAGAUGCAGAACUACCUGUAAUAGAAGAUUCACUAGAAAUUAUCGAUGUAGCACGUUCACAUCUUAUAGAUCGAGAAUUUCGUUUGAUAAAUGCACGUAAAGCGGGUGAAAACUCUCCGAUGCAUAGCGCUAUAAGCAAAGCAAAUACCCAACAGCAGACAGUUUAUGCAAAUAUAUCUUCUUCGUCUCCAGUACAAGUAACACCGUCCUCAUCCUAUGAUCCUUUUAGGCGGAACGAUACAAAACGAAAGAGCAUUAGCAAAUCAAUAACUAGCAUGUUUAGUCGUAAAACGAAUGCUUCAUCCGGCUUAUCACAAAUUUACGCAUUCUUCACCGGAUCAACGAAUUCUCCAUUUUCCAGUGGAGGUGGUUCUUCUACGACAGGUCCACAGCAGACAAAUUCGACAACGACUACAACAAAUUCCCUAACUCGCGAGACUAGUUUAACAACGUUGCCUAACGUUGAACGUGCCACUACCAGUGGAACAGCACAAUCUAACUACCAAAUGCAAAACAGUGGACAAAUAACUGCACAACACUUGUCAACAGCAUCACUAUCAACGGCUAGUGCUGGUUCAACAUCAACGAUAACAAGUGUUGGCACAUUAUUAGGUGGUGGCAAUAAUAGUAUUGGUGGAGGAACCAAUUCGGAGCCAGUAUCUUUAGACUCAAUUUCAUCAAUGGGAGCUAUUGCGAAUACAAGUGGCACCGAACGCACAAGAGAUUUGGCACUAUGCGCUGUGCUACUCGAUGAAUGGCUUAAAGAACUGGCAGCCAUUGCUCAGGAACAAAGCGUUGUGCUUGUCAAUGAGCACAUUUGACAGCGCAAAAUAAGACGCAAGAAGCGUUUGUGAUUAAGGCAAUAUCUUUAUGUUUUUUGCACAGCUUUAAGCCUUAUUUCUAAUUUUAAAAUAUUUUUAUAACACACAUACGUACAAGUUAUAGUGUAUAAGGCAGGUGAUUGAAGUAGAACAUCAUAAUCCAUGCUUACGUUAGCUUGUACAGCACAAAUUUUAUAGAAUAACUAAAGUUUCAAGCAUAUUUUAAAUAUUCUGUAGUGUGUAAUUGUUUAUAUAUUAUUGUUGUAGUCUAUGGAAGUCGUAAGCGGCAAUAAGUCGUCUCUGUAGACUCUGCCGUUCUUAAAAAAUUUUAAUGAUAUAGUUUGGUGUUAUGUAGUUAACAGGAAAAAGAGGUCAGUUUUAUUUUUAGCAAAUAUUAUUUUUCCAUUUUUAGGGUUGGUUAAUGUAAUAUAAUAUAACUCUAAGUUAGAAACUUAUUUGCAUCUAUUAUUUUGCAUGUAUAUUUAUAUCUAAUAAUGUUUUCAGGCCAGUUAUUACACUCAGAUUAUAGGAAUUUAGACUUUUAGUAUUAAAAUAAUAAUCUAAUUGCACAAUAAUAUGAAAAUAAACACAAAUAUCUAAAGGGCUCUUAUAGUAUAAAUAAAAUAUUCUUUUGCAAAAGGUACAAAUCUAGGUAAUACUAUAUAUACAGGCCCUUAGCUUGAAAUAUACUUCGGGGAGAUUUCAGAUAAAAUGCUGGAUGCUUUUCUGUAUCAUUCUGUCAAAGGACGCACGAUGCAUUAAUAUUGAACAGACUUAUGUUUAUAUACAAUCCUUUGAUUUAUUUAACGAGAACGGGGCCUCUUUGACUUCCAGUCUUGGGUACGUAAUUGGAUAUAUGUUUAUACAUAUUUAUCAAACUGUCAAUGAAUUUAUUAUUUACUUAAAUCUAAGAUAAGAGUGUUAACUUAAUAGCAGCUAAACAAAAGUUUAUUUUUUCUGAUAACAUUAAAAAUAUUCCUCGUUGUAUUUAGCUUAUAAUUCUAAUAGUAACUAAAAACAAUAAAUAAGUAUACAUAUAUGAAAAAAAAGUAUUUAUGUAUAAUAAUAGACAAAAUUUUUGUUAUUAGGCUGUUCUGGUUUAAAGCUCUUAUGUACUAGAUUUUCUGUUAAGAUCCGAAGACCAGAAUAUUCGAAUAUACUAAAAUGAAUACAAGAACUGGUCCAAAACUCUAAACAUAAAAACAAUUUUCUUAUGUUAUCAAACCUCCGACCAAGAAAUAAUUUUAAUAUAUACUAUAUAAAAAUAUUGCUAUAUUUAUUAACCCAUUUUAAAUUCUUAUGGAAUCCAUAUUGUUAUCAGAAAUAUCGUUCAAAAUAGCUAAUAAAAACAUUUGUCUUUAACAACGCACAUGAUGAUUGACUUGAGCAACCUUUGUCGCCAAAUAGAGCACUAACAAUAAAACUAUAGCAUAUAUAGCAUGAAUCGAAAAAUAAUUCAUAUUAGCUGGUAGAUUGAUGUUCACUUUAAACUCUGCUUUAUGCUCUAUUGAUGAUUAAACGAAAAAGCAAUUAAAAUUUAUAUCGCUUAAAACAAAUACACAUAUUAUUUUGUAAACAUAUUUAUAAUUAUAAAUU